AUGUCUGCAGUGGCAACAACAGCUGAUAUCAUCAAACCGACUCCCUGCAAGAAGCCAUUGACAAUGUUCAGGGGCGACCGCACAGAACAACCGAUAGCUACAGGAAUAGCCGGCGCAUUUGGUUCUGGGGAAUAUCAGCCAACAUAUUUCAAUGACAGGGACCCAUCUCCAACGCCAUCAAGGGCUUCACCACAAGAUGAUAUGCCAAUUCGAAGCCCGCAGUCACCUUCACCACCAUUAUUCCUGUUAGCUCAAUGCCGUACGCCACCGACACAGCUGACACAAAGAAGCAGCAGUUCCCCAGACCUUCUCGCCACGGCCUCGGUCGCCAACCCAUCUCGGUCCCAAACCCCUGAAUCACCCCCGAGAUGCAGGCCCUCGUCUGUCACACCAUUUCUCACUCGACAACUUGCUGCUAGAACAACGACAUCAGCUUCAAGUGCUAGAGGAACAACAUCAGCUACAAGUACUUCUAGAGGAACAACAACAUCAGCUUCAAGUGCUACUAAAGCAACAACAUCAGCUUCAAGUGCUACUAAAGCAACAACAUCAGCUUCAAAAAGAUGUGAAAGAGACAACCCAUAUUCUGGUAAUGAUUCAAAGAAUACGAGCAAGAUGACUGCAUCGGAAUACUAG